AUGACCUCCUCAUCGUCGUCAAUGAAUGCAGAUGACUACCCCUCGUUACUCUGGAUCACCCUUCCACCAAUAUUCCUCGUUGGAGCGUACUACGUGCGGAAAUGGUACCUUGCAAGACGUUUGAGAUUGUACGGUAUAGGGAAAGGCGCCAAAGGGUUCCAGACCAACGUGCAGAGGGUACGCGUCACACCUGAAAUCGCAGCGCGCAUUCGCAGGGGGGAGGACGUCAGCCCGGCAGAAAUUGAAGCCGCUUCGCGCGCGGCGGACGAGCGAGAGGCUCGGGAAGGUUCAGCGGUGAAAACCAGCUCACCGGGUGCGCACGUCGGCGGGCUGCCCAGAGGUGUGAUCGAGGAGAGGGACGAUCGACAUCUAAACGGCGUGGCUCCGAGUCCGAGCACGAGCGUCAAGGGAGAUAAUAGCGCCAACGAGUGGCUGCCUGAAUCCAUUACGAAGCCUAGUAAGAGAAAGAAGAGCCGGAGAUAG